AUGAGGCUGAUCAAUACCUCAACACUACAACUCGAAGACUUCUUCGACUCGGAUCUCCCUAAAUACGCCAUCCUCUCACACACCUGGGGCCCCGAAGAGGUCACCUUCCAAGAGUGGCUGCUAUGGCAAGAAGACGACCUCGGCUCCCGCAAGCGCACAAACUCCAAGCGCGGGUUCCAAAAGAUUGCAAACACGUGCCGCAUCGCCAGGCAGGAAGGCAUCAGCCACGUCUGGGUCGACACCAACUGCAUCGACAAGAAGAGCAGCGCCGAGCUCUCCGAGGCCAUCAACUCCAUGUUCGCCUGGUACCGCGGCGCGUCCAUCUGCUACGUCUACCUGGAAGACCUCGAACCCGGCGGGGUAGCAAGGGCCGAUCUGCGUCAGUGCCGGUGGUUCACGAGGGGCUGGACGCUGCAGGAGCUGCUGGCUCCCGCGGACAUGACGUUUUACGACGGCACGUGGGAGCCCAUCGGCACCAAGGAGACACUGGCGUACCCCAUUGCUUCCAUCACGGGCAUCGACGUCGACGUCCUCAUCUACCCGCAGACCCUCUCCUCCGCCUGCGUCGCCAAGAGGAUGUCGUGGGCGUCCAGCCGGCAGACGACGCGGACCGAGGAUACGGCGUACUGUCUUCUCGGCAUCUUCCAGAUCCACAUGCCUCUUCUGUACGGCGAGGGCCACGAGGCCUUUCGCAGGCUACAAGAGGAAAUCAUGAAGGUCUCGACGGACCAGAGCCUCUUUGCGUGGGACUGGACCGAGAAGACGAUGGAUCCCCGCCGCGACCUCUGGGUCACCCUGCUGGCGCCGCAUCCCUCUGCGUUCUCCGGGUGUGGGCAGGUCGUCAAGUGCAGGACAGCCGCGGACGACAACUGGUCCGUGGGAAAGGAAUUCACAAUGACGAAUCUGGGGCUCAGCAUGACGCUGCCGCUCAUCAAGACGGCCUCCUCGACGACGGUGUACGCGGCAAUCAACUGCAAGCACGACAUCAAGGACGACGACGACACGGUCAUCUGCAUCCCGCUCUGGACCACGUCCUUCACGUCGACGUUUGGACGGCACAGGUCGAGACCGCAGGCGAACCUGCCGAUCCCGCUGGCUAACGUGUCAAUGCCCGCCCGGUAUGCUGCGCGCCGCCAGCAGCAGCAGCAGCCUGGCCGCGGCUCUUCAGUCUCGGUCUCGUACUUCCCGCGUUUCUCCGAGCUGCCGGGCUUCAAGAUGUCAAGAUCCUUUCAGAAACAGGUCCUGCCAGUGUACGACGCUGAGCCCGACAAGCCACCAGAAUUACUCUUCCAACUCUUUUCGUGUAACGACGCACUGGAGUCGUGGCAGGUUGGCGACGACGCGGAGGCGGAUCCUCAGGAGUACCUGCAGACGGCAGCGCACGCCAGCAAGACGUUUGCGAACAAGGAGGUUCACGCAUUCUGUGUGAACCUCAUCAAUCACGGCGGCAGUAGCAGCAGUAGCAGUAGUAAAAAGGCUCCUGGUCCUUGCACGUAUCCACGCGCCCUGUCGCGCUCACCAGAACUCACCCACCGAGACAAUAUCUCGGUCUACGAUACCAGGUCUCUGCAUAUGAGUUCCUCGUUGAUGGAGGAGGAUCUCCGAUGUGCUGCAUUGGCUCCUGGACGGCUGGUACCACGCGGUGGCUGGCAGAUCUCUUCAUUUCCACCCGCCAAAUUCCCCAACAGCCCUGUUCCUGGAUUCCGCCGCCCCCGUCCGUCCCUGUGCAAUUCCAAGUCAAGCCCAGGCCAAGCUGUCCUUGUCCCCAUUCUGUCUAGACCCGAGUCUUACCAAUCGUUCCUGUCUCUGGCCAUCGCAUUAAUUACCAGUUAA